AGAUGGAAGAGAAGUGUAGUUCGUGGGAAAAGCUACAACGUGGAUAUGUGUGUGAGGCAGCGACACUGGGAUAUAGAGGAGAGAGCACGAGAUGCUGACAGAUUCCUGAUAGAUGUGCAAAAUGGCGCAAGCAAGUUCUACCCCUGCGAGCCACCAAUUGUUGUAGUUCAUGAACAUGAAGAGCUAGCUGUAUGUCUGUUUUCUUCCGAUCGCCUCACGUUGUUUUUAGUAUCGUAAUAUAUUUCAAAGUGAUUAAAUGGCUACCAGAAGGCUCUGCCUUGUUCCAUGUAUUUUUGGAUUGCUCCUCAACGCUUUAGCCGGUGUGACAUCGGGAGCAGAGCUCUCCUUCACGCUGGAGCCCAGUGACAUCAUCGCGGUGCAGGAACAGCCCCUCAUGCUGCACUGUCAGGUGGACGGCAUCCCACCAAUCACCACGCAGUGGAGGCGGAACGGAGUCUUCCUGGUGGUUGACCAAUACUACACCAUGUUCCACAACGGCACUCUGCUGAUUGGACGCUUCCAGAGGACCAAGUCUGACGGCUCAACUGAUGAAGGGGAUUAUGAGUGCGUGGGCCAGAACUCCUUUGGUCUGGUGGUGAGCCGCAGGGCCAGGGUGCAGGCCGCCACGAUGGCGGAGUUCCAUGUCCAGCCGCGGUCAGUGCGUGCGGAGGAGGCGGGCAUGGGGCGGUUCCAGUGCCAGAUUCACGGCCUGCCUGAGCCUGCCAUCAGCUGGGAGAAAGAUGGCCGCUCUGUGGACACUAAGGAUGAGAGGUAUACCCUGCUCCCCACUGGUGUUCUGCAGAUCACAGGUCUGCGUCAGGAGGAUAGUGGUGUGUUCUGCUGUGUGGCCCACAACAGUGCAGGAGUAAAGCACAGUGCCGGGGCUCGCCUCACCGUCUCAGUAUCCCAGUCUUCUGUUUACAAAGAGCCCAUGAUCCUCGUGGGUCCUGAAAACCUCACUCUCACCGUUCACCAGACGGCCAUCUUGGAAUGUGUUGCCACAGGAUAUCCCCGCCCCAUCGUGUCAUGGAGCAGGCUUGAUGGCCGUCCGAUAGGUGUGGAGGGCAUCCAGGUGCUGGGUACAGGGAACCUGAUGAUCACAGAUGUCGGGGUCCAGCACUCUGGCGUCUACGUCUGCGCUGCCAACAAACCAGGGACCCGUGUACGCAGAACCGCUCAGGGACGUCUGGUGGUCCAAGCCCCGGCAGAGUUUGUGCAGCCUCCCCAGUCCAUCUCCCGGCCGGUGGGCACCACUGCUAUCUUCACCUGCCAGGCGCAGGGCGACCCUGUGCCCCAGCUCACCUGGCUGAAGAACGGGCAGAUCCUGGAGCCUGGAGGGCACGUCAAGCUCAGGAACAACAACACCACGCUGACCAUCUAUGGCAUCAGUCAGGAGGACGAAGCCAUCUACCAGUGCAUCGCUGAGAACAGCGCCGGCUCCACCCAGGCCAGUGCCCGUCUCACCGUGCUGUGGGCAGACGGCCUGCCAGGGAUGCCCAGUGUGGUGCGGGCCGAGGCCCUCUCACCCAACGCCAUUCAGGUGUCCUGGAAGGAGUCUGCCAAGGACACUCAGGAGAUCAUCGGCUACGUGCUCCACAUCCGCAGGACCACAGACCCUGUGGAGAUGGAGUACCAGGAAGCCGUCAGUAAGGUGACUCUACAGCAGGUCGUGGGUGAUCUGGAGCCCUCCACCGGCUAUACCUUCUAUGUAAAGGCUUACACGUCCCGCGGAGCCAGCAAGCCCUCUGAAAGCGCCACCGAGAGCACGCUGGGCGAAGUGCCAGCACCCCCGUCACUGUUCAUUAAAUUGGUGAACAGCAGUGUGGUGCAGGCGGUGUGGGAGCCAUCCUCUAAGAUGGGCCAACAUGAGGGCUUCAGGCUGUACUACAGGAGGGUCCACACCCCCCUCUUCACCGGACCACUCACCUUCACCCGCAACGUCACCCAGUACAACAUCACCCAGCUGGAUCCAACCCUGGUGUAUGAGAUUAAGGUUCUGGCCUUCAACCAACACGGAGACGGCAACGCCACCAUGCGCUUCGUCUCACUGAAGGAGGCUGUGGAGAAAUCAGUGCUGAACACCCCCUGUGACUGUGUGAAAGAUGAACAGAGCAAGACCUCUACAACCGGAAUCAUCAUCGGCAUCCAUAUAGGAGUCACCUGCAUCGUAUUCUGCAUGCUCUUCCUCAUGUUCAGCUACAGGGGGAGGUUGAUGACGUGUAAGACAGUGCAGGCCACCCCCCAGGCCGGGCGUAACAUUGCCCUGGAGUUGUCCUCCACCUCCCAGGGGGCCCUGGCCUUAAACGGGGUGAGCAGAUCAGGCAUGGAAGGGAACGGCAGCCUUGCUGGAAAGAGCAGGAGAGACAGCAACGAGCUGGAGAGACUCUUCUCAGGCCCGUCCCACUGUGGAGACCUAGCAGACAGUUCACGCAUGUUGGAUAGAUCCCUGGUGUCCUGUGCGCUGAACGAGACCCAGUUGUCCACUCUGCCGCUGGUUGACUUCAGCCUUGUGGUGGAGGGGGACAGAGAGACGCAGUUCCAGAGGCCUCCAGCAGAGGGCCGAGCGGCCAGUGACAGGGCUGUGGCCGGGGUCACCCAGCAGAACCAGACCUGAUAGAAGCAUGAACGUCAAGUCUGUGACACGGUCACAGUGUCACCUCAGACUCGUAUCACACUCAGGUCGACCGAAGUAUUUCUUUUCAUAUUAGAUUUUCUUUGUGCAAAAAAUUGUAUUAUUGGUAAGUUAAAUAAGUCGCCUCUGGAAAAGUUAUAGGGUCUCGGACUCAUUCUUGGAGGUGUCCCCGGCCUAGGUUUUUGGUGCGCUUUUGUGAUGGACAGCUAGGUUUUAGCUUUGGCAGGUGAAUUAAGUGUUCUUGUUUUGUUUUUUUUACUUCCUUCAUUUUCUGGUUGCCGGCAGCACACAGAAUAGAUGUCCAGAAUGUCUUUGUUACACACUCAUCAUUUUAUCUCAGAGUCGAAUAUGUUUUUAUUCCUCUACUAUCUCACAAAAUGGUUCUAAGUUAUUGGUCUUAUUUCUACUUUUUCUUUCAAUGUCAAAGACUGCUGCCUCCUCUCAGCCUAGCAAGGAUUCCACAAACGCAUCCAACAAAGACUUAAGGCCUUCUUCCAGUGAUUUCAUAUAUUCUCUGUCUCAGGACUUUUCUUUUCAGUGAUAUCAAUGGUUUUUUUAUUAGUUCUCGGCCUUCAUACAGGUUCUUAACUUGGCUCUGUGAACCUUAGGAUUCAACAAAAACCUACCUCAGCCGGAAUGAAUGUGACGUGGGAAACCUUUUGGAUCCGUCUUUUCCCCCUGCGUUCAGUUACUUUUACAUGUAGAGCGAUCGGUUCGUAAAACACGAGAACAGGUGCCACGCUACCUCAGAUGUCAAGAACCGCCGCUCUCCUGCUUGUCGAAGCGAGGGAAAAAAAGAAGAAAAAAAAAUCUAACGGAAAGCACUUCAAAACGCUGAAGUCCACGUUCUACCUCAAGAUAACAAUGUUGUAGUUGUUCUUUCUUUCAUAAUGAAACAUGUACUUCUGUUGUGAGAGCUCCUGGCUUCCCUCCGUCGAUGAAUUGCUGUUUGUGGAUAUGUCAGUACCUCAUGCAAGUUGACAGAUGAUAUUGUUGUAUGAAUUCUACUUGUCAAAGACAUUUUUCAUAGUUUUCCAUCGUGUUUGCGUGAGAUAUUUUCUCUUUGUUUUAUUUGAAUCUUAGUUGCUUCUGUUGAUUGAAAAGACUGUUAGCGAUGCACUGCACUGCCACUAAUCAUUUCAGGACAAUUUUACUGCUAUGUGAGAACUGCUGCAGAUAUUCCAUUGGGCAGGUGAGGUUUUAGUUACAUUUAUACUUGAUUGAGACAUACAUCAUAUGUGUAUUUAUGAAUGAUUGCAGGAUGGAAUUGUGCGUGCGUGUGUGUGUGCGUGUGUGCGUGUGUGUACGGUAUAUGUGGUAUAUGUGAUGUAUUUAGAUAAAUAAGCACAAAUGUAUCAAAAUGUCAUUGUAGGCGUUGACAACCACAAAUAUUAAUGUAUCUGAUAUGAUCCCAGGUAAUUGGCUCUUCAAUUGGCAAUAGUGUUGUUCUAAUCUGAUUUUUUGGGCUCUGCCUGUCACUCACUCCGAGCUGUGGCACAGUGCACUCCUCUUGUUAUAGUUCAUCAAUUCAAAUCAAUUGUCUUCUGUCGUAAUAGCCCAGACUUCUCGAGCCUGUCCAUCCCAGAUCCCUCACUCCAUCCCUCCUCCACACUGACAAAUGAAAGUGCUUCAGGAAAACCUUUAUCACAGUGCUGCAUGCAAAUCCAGAGGGAGAUGGUUUAACAGGUGGACCACAGGUAUUAACUCACAGGUCUGAGUUCAGUGUGCUCAUGCUGUCAUCUUCCUGAGCAAACACACAGUCAACUUGAUGUUAUUAGACUUGAAUCUGAUCCAGGGUCAGAUCUGGGAGUACCACCACCACUGCUCCACCUGUUCCUCCAGAACCAUGCUCUCUGGAGCUGGAGCUUCCCUGAGGCAGAGCCAACCUGAGCCAGGCCAGUACUCUUACGGUAGCCUGGGUUAGGGCCGCUGUCCGACGGACACCCUGUCUUCUCCCUGGCUCUCUCUACUGUAGAGAUAGAUCACAUUUGAACUCUCACGUAAUGGCCUAUAGCAGUAUUACUCUGGUAACCUACCUCAACCCCGACACGACCGUCCUGCUCUCAGGUUGCUCCCUCUCACACUCUGACCGAAACUUCUAUAUGUACAUGAAUAUACACCACACACACGUAAUGACACACACACUCCUAGGGAAGGGAAGAUGUCUUCAGGGCCUUGUGGUAGUGCAGUUGUGUGACAGAAAAACUUUUAGCUUUUCGUCUUUAUGCUUAGCUUUUGUGGAUGUGAAUGUAUCACAAUUGUUUUUAUUACAUUUUUGUUGUAUUAGAAGCUUUUACGUUUUUGUUUUUUCACUCAGCCUUGAAUGUCUUUGAACAUGUGUCUGUUAUGGACUAAUAAACGAGGACAUCAAACACUCACUGCAAACUGUAGUAUGGCUACUCAGUAUAAACUGUAGUACAGCUACUCAGUAUAAACUGUAGUACAGCUACUCAGUAUAAACUGUAGUACAGCUACUCAGUAUAAACUGUAGUACAGCUACUCAGUAUAAACUGUAGUAUGGCUACUCAGUAUAAACUGUAGUACAGCUACUCAGUAUAAACUGUAGUAUGGCUACUCAGUAUAAACUGUAGUACAGCUACUCAGUAUAAACUGUAGUAUGGCUACUCAGUAUAAACUGUAGUACAGCUACUCAGUAUAAACUGUAGUAUGGCUACUCAGUAUAAACUGUAGUACAGCUACUCAGUAUAAACUGUAGUACAGCUACUCAGUAUAAACUGUAGUACAGCUACUCAGUAUAAACUGUAGUAUGGCUACUCAGUAUAAACUGUAGUACAGCUACUCAGUAUAAACUGUAGUACAGCUACUCAGUAUAAACUGUAGUAUGGCUACUCAGUAUAAACUGUAGUACAGCUACUCAGUAUAAACUGUAGUACAGCUACUCAGUAUAAACUGUAGUACAGCUACUCAGUAUAAACUGUAGUACAGCUACUCAGUAUAAACUGUAGUAUGGCUACUCAGUAUAAACUGUAGUACAGCUACUCAGUAUAAACUGUAGUACAGCUACUCAGUAUAAACUGUAGUACAGCUACUCAGUAUAAACUGUAGUACAGCUACUCAGUAUAAACUGUAGUACGGCUACUCAGUAUAAACUGUAGUACAGCUACUCAGUAUAAACUGUAGUACAGCUACUCAGUAUAAACUGUAGUACAGCUACUACUCUUUUACUCCCAGAACCCUCCUCACAGAUGAUGUGCAGCAACAGGUGUUUGUAAAUACAGAUAAUGAACAGUCACCAGUUCUCUCCCCUGAUUUAUUGCAAGGGGUUUCUGCAGUUAUCAUACUCAAAUUGUGUUCAUAAAUGGAGGAACUCCAUUAGAUAUGAAAUACUGUACCCUUGAUAUAAAACAUCCCCUGUAAAGGCACACACAUAUUCCUACCUUCCUAGGAUGCAGUCAUCGAUUGAAUUGUAGUAAUUUGUUGGUCCAAUAUGUUUGAGUUAGAUCGUUUAGAGCAGCCAGUGCUCUCAUCCCUUUGUAGUUGGCUGAUUAGAGGAAGUGUGUGCAGCGCUUGGUCCAUUCUAGAUUUGAUAUGGUAACGACACUAGCCUGAAACGGACUGGUUAAAUAAAUGGGAUGUCUGUGUUAAAGCCGGGCUGUAGAACUGUGUUUCUAUUAGACUAUCUAUUGUACAGUUGUAAUGCACAUUACAUUCCAGAGACGUGUGUCAGUGUGUGAUCCUCCGGCAGAGGGUUUUUAUUGUGCGAUGCAGUAGAAGUCGUUGUUGUUAAUGCUUUGCAAUAUUGCCGAAAACGUGGAACCAGAACUCACCUGCAGUAAUUCUGUACUUUGUGUUUGUUUGUUUCUUCACCAUGCGUUUCUUAAAUUGUCUCGCGGGUCUUCAUUUCUUGUAUUGUUAUUGUACAUGAUGGUAGAUUUACAUUGCAAGUCUUAGUACACCCUAACGAUAGUUGUCAAACUAGCAGAAAGAAAUGUCUCAGAAAUGUUACAUGUGUAUUUAUGAACUGUUGGUGUAAUGCUCUCUCAUGUGCGUCUUUAAAAACGUAAAAGAUGUUUGUGAGGAGGGGUCUCUCCAGAGAAACCAGAGGUACUUUUUCUUAAUAAUUUACAGUUCAUUUCCGAUGCUGGAAAUUGGCCACAUCUCAUCCCUGAUUUGACAGGUUUUAGUGCCAUACAGAGCACAACUUAUUUACCCUUCACCCAGAAUGCCGAGCUGUAAAUUGAGGCAUCAUGUUUACAUGAUUGAUAUGAUCAUGAUUCUCCCAGUGCUUUUACACUCCUAUAGAUCAAUGUUAAGAGCUGCCCUCGGUGAUCAACUGCUGAAGCUGCUCUAGUCUAUUCUGACUUAUUACCACUCCAUUGGCUGGUGAGAUGAGAUUCUCCCACUAUCUAUUCUCAGCCCUGCUUCUUCCUCUCGUGAGAUUCCCAUCCGCUGAGUUUGUUUCUCUGGACAAAGAGAGAGUGGGCUGACUGUGUUCAGGGAACGUCUAUCUAAUCCUUAUGUUGUAUUCGUCACAGCGGAACAUGGACUGGGCGCUCCACUAUGAGAGUCCAUGUUAUUUAGUACAAUCUUCCUCUCACAGUGCUCUGACUGUGCCCUAUUCAACCAGUUUAGGGGGAGGGAUUGCCUUUUUUGUUUAUCGACUAGGCAAAUAAUCAAGGAGAAAAUCUGUCCACUGUCACACAUACUGAGCAGAUAAUGGUAAUCCUCCAUGCAUGAAGAUGUGUAGCCUCAGUGAGCCACGUAUAUAGGGAUUCAUGAAUGAAGUUCACAACCGCUCUUCUUAGUACGGUUUUGUCUCCUUUUGUCUCUCUUCCUUGCCCCUCUGUAAUGCCACCUCUCCCUACACACACACACACACACACACACACCAGCGACACACACACAACUUUGUAAAGAAAGGAGUGUUUGUCAGAAUUACCCCAUUGCCCCAGCUCUCCCCAGAGAGAAUCAGGGGAGAGACAUUAGCUGGUUUAUCUCUGGCCACACAAGGCUAUUGAGAACUGGAGAGUAAACACAUCAAACCGGGAAUCUGUAAAACAAACAUUUUUUUCUCUGUGACAAUAAUGUUACCAUUUCAGCUCUUUAAGCCUCUUCAUGAAAGGGAUUAAAUGUUCAACCGUUUUCUGUUCUCUAACCCAGCCAUGGAAGGCGAGGGGAAACUCUGAAACUACUGCCUGCCAUGUUUUUUUCCUGUUGUUUUUUCUUUCUAUUUUUGCAGAUCCUAUUCAUGCUAAUUUGGACUCCUAAUAAGUUAGGAAUUCUCUUAACUGGCAGUUGCUGACCAGUGGCCACAAAGGAAAUAGUCAAGUAUCUACCAAGACUAAUAUAGACACUUGCACAAUCUUGUAGAAGUGAUUGUUUGAAUUUUAGAUGAUGUUACUGUAGGAGUAGGUUCUCACGGUAUGCCAUACUGGCCUGAUAUCUUAAAACAAAGCCUCCCCCCAAACUGGUUUGGGCAUGAGUUAGUAUCUUAGUAAGAUUUGUUACAACACAUCUAUGAAAUAUGGGGUGGUGUUGUAGUUACAUGAGAUACAACUCCAAGUCUGUCCAUGUAUUCCACAUUUUUUGCUCAUAUUGUAGAAACAGGAGAAAGCGAGCUACAUAUUGUAGGAGCUUAGCGAAAACGAUUACAGUGAUAUCUCAUUGUUGACAUGUUUGAAGCCACAGUGGGUGUAACCAACGAACAAGGCCUGUUGAGGGAUUGGCCUUUUUGUCAUGCUGUAACACCACACAGUUCAGAUGUAUUGAUCUGUUGAUAUGUGUCGUAUUGAUCACUGUGGCAACAAAUGACUAUACUUUUGAUUGUAAAUGGAUUGCAUUUCUGAUGCUAUUAUCUCUCAGAUAUUCUCCCAAGAACGCAAUGACUGUACAUGGCAGAUAAUGCUGAUUUGAAGAUUUUCUAAUCAUUUGAAUUCUUGUAAUUUAAUGGUGAAUUAAUGGAAUUGUAACUUAAAGCAUGUUUGAGAUCAGUAGUAUAUUUGUACCUCUGUCGAGAAACACGUUAAAUCCAAAGUAUUUAAGCAUGGCUACAGAGAAAAAUGUUUUUUUUUAAAACCAUAUCUUUCUCAGCUAUUCGCAAAUGUGCUGUUUCAGCAGAUUUCUAAAGUGUUAGUUUGUCAUUAUUGGAUUUGUGAUGGUGACACUGUGACAUUUAGCCAUUGGAAUAGGGCAAAUAUUGUCAUCUCAACAUGGUGCUACUGAUGUUUCUAUUCCACACCGUUCAUAGUCUGUAUUUGCUGCAACUCUUUCUACUCAGAAAGACAUUGUUAUAUAAUAAUCCUGACUGCUUGUUGAUCAUCGUCGUACCUGUUAUUAUAACUCACGUUGUCCUGUUUGAUCCCUUUUCCACCACUACGAGAUGUAAUUGAUUUCACCGUCAAACCGUCAAACCGAGUUCAUGGUCACUAAACAGUGGAGACAAUAAAGCAUGAACCUUUUCAUACAAACGUUUGUUAACAUGUUUUCGUGUUAAAGCUGUGCUUUAGAGACGCGUGCGUUUAUGGAAAUACACACGAAGUUUGCACAGCUUUAAUCUACAGUACAGACCUGCGUUGCGACGCCAUCAAGCAGGGAUACGAGAGCUGCUUGUAUCUACAGGAAAACUUGUGCCUACUUAUUGUAGCUACAGUUGAGCUUACACAGAUGGUAUUUCUGUCAUAUUUGAUCUCCUCUUACCCAGUUUGGUUGGCAAUAAUGACUGUAUCCCUCCUCACAAACCUGUGGCAUUCUCUCCACCAGGCACAGAAGCCACCAGGCACAUCGCACAGGGCAAGGGGAAAAGGCUUUCCAAUGCAGUUACUAUACGUAUGACUGUCAAAGUCAUUGUUGCUACUGCUACUACCAUGCCAUUGGGUUAUUAUAUAGCUGCAAAGGUGCUAACCUAAACCAAAAGUCAAAUACAGUGCCCAGCCAGUUUCUAUAGCCUCACUGUACUUUUAAUGUGGGGAAGGGCGCCUCGGUUUUUAGUGCUUAUGUUGGGUUUGAUAUAGGGACAGAGAUGGUGUGAUGAGAAUAGCUAGGUUAUGGAGAAGGAACUAAGAGAGCACAAACCUGUACAGUAUAGUAUAAUCAGCUGCAUAUUGUCUGUGGGGAGCUGUUCAAUCACAUAUGUCUUUCUGUCUAUAUGUCUGCUGAGGUCAGUGCCUCUGCCUGCCCUUGUGUCCCACAAUCAAAUUCAGGUCAAUAUAAAUUUUUUCCCGUCGGGGAUCAUUUUUUAGGUGUCCACAAAUGUGUGUUCUCUGUGAUACAGUAUCUGUAGUUGGUCGUGAUGGUUGGCCGUGAUUCACAUGUGUAUACAUAUGUAUAAUACUGUAUGUAUGUGUAUAUGUGUAUAAAGACAGACUAGAUCUUUUUUUAGUGGUUUGUUUUAGAAGUCAUUGUGCCACACUGAUUAAAGGCAAAAGACGACAACAACGACGGUAAUAAACUAGCUCUAGUAAUUAAA